AUAGCCCCUGGAUACCAAAUGCGCGUUCCUUCUCGGCUCGCGCGGCCGUCACUGCAACGGCAUACGCCACAAUUACAUUUCAGACCAGAGGAACGGCGCUGUCUUACAAUGAAACACAGGCGGAGGCAGGCAGUGGAACUCUAGCCUGUGGUGCCUGCCAUUUAGACCGAGAGAUGGGUAGAUGACGACCGAGAGCAAUGGAGUCGAGGGCCCGUUGAUAGCAUGAAUGACAGGUAUCACAAGGCGGCCCGGGAUGGCUACCUGGACCUGCUGAAGGAGGCUACGCGGAAGGACUUGAACGCGCCGGAUGAAGAUGGCAUGACACCGACGUUAUGGGCCGCUUAUCAUGGCAACUUGGAGGCUCUGCGACUUAUCGUGGGCAGAGGAGGCAACCCUGAUAAGUGUGACAUAUGGGGGAACACACCUCUCCACCUGGCGGCCGCCAACGGCCACCACAACUGCCUGUCCUUCCUGGUGUCCUUCGGUGCCAACAUGUGGUGCCUGGACAACGACUACCACACGCCCCUGGACAUGGCCGCCACCAAAAGCCACAUGGACUGUGUCCGCUACCUGGACUCCAUUGCCGCCAAGCAGUCGGCCCUCAACCCCAAGCUGGUGGGGAAGCUGAAGGAGCGGGCUUUCCGUGAGGCCGAGAGGAGGAUUAAGGAGUGUGUGAAGCUGCAGCGGAAGCACCACAAGCGUAUGGAGCGCAAGUUCCACAAAGAGGCGGCGUCGGAGCAGUCCAUGUCAGACGCCAUGAGCUUCUCCAGCUACACAAGCAGCUCAGUGAGCCGCAAGCUGUCACCACUCUCAACAAACUGCACCACCACCGUCAGUGUGCCACCACCCUGCACCACCCCGUCAGUCAGUGGUCAGUACCACCACCCAGUGUGCCAUACUAGUGUGUCUCUCAGGUCAGUACAAGCUGCACCACCUAAACACCACCACUGUCAGUGUGCUAUUCUCUCAGGUCAGUACAAGCUGCACCACUGUCAGUGUGCCAUACUCUCAGGUCAGUACAAGCUGCACCACCUAAACACCACCACUGUCAGUGUGCCAUACUCUCAGGCUACUCUUCACGCCACAACCCGAGGCAAGACCAAGAUCCAGAAGAGGUUGGAGAAGAGGAAGCAAGGGGACGGGACCUUCAAGAUCUACGAGGACGGCAGGAAGAGCGUGCGCUCCCUCUCGGGCCUUCAGCUGGGCAACGAUGUCAUGUUCCUUAAACAGGGAACCUAUGUCGGCCCUCGGGACCGCGCAGGGCGCCGCGGCAACCUCCGAGACAUAUUCCACGGAGACGCCAACGACGACGCCAUCUCUCGUGCCAUCAGCGAGCCGGACUUGUCUUACCGGCCCGACAUGGAAUACUCUGAGGUCAGCACCGACUCGGGCCACGACUCUCUCUUCAACCGGCCCGGUCUGGGAACCAUGGUGUUCCGACGCAACUAUAUCAGCGGCGGCCUGUUCGGCAUCGGCGGGCGUGACGAGGGAGCCUCGGCGGAGGAACCGAACGGGCUGGCAGCACCAACGUUCGGCCGCAGCCGGCUGCGGCGUUCGCCCAGCCUGGACGAUGGGGGGGACAGCAUCGGCAGUGCCAGCAGCCUCCGGGAAAGGAACCGCCAGGAGCUUCCCUGGGACGAGCUGGAGCUGGGGCUGGAUGAUGACUGCGAGGCCGUGACCAGCCCGUUGGAGGUGUUCUUGGCUGCGCAGACCAUGGGCGAGUUCCUCACCGUCUUCAGGCGGGAGAAGAUCGACCUGGAGGCGCUGCUGCUGUGCUCGGACCAGGACCUCAAGAGCAUCCACAUCCCCCUGGGGCCCAGGAAGAAAAUCCUAGAUGCCUGCAAGAGACGUCUGGAGACCCUUGAGGACCCUGACUACAUCGAGGACACCCUGCUGUGAAUGGUGAAUGACACUUUUGGAUCUGAAGAUGCUGUGUAGGUACUGUAUACCUCUACUACUGUGACGUUCACCUACAGAGGAAACCUACACUACAGAGUAAACCUACACUACAGAGUAAACCUACACUACAGAGUAAACCUAACCUACAGAGUA